AUGAAUAAGGAGAAUAAAAAUGCUGCUAGAGUUGAAGAGCCUAUUGUUCGAAUCACACGAGCACGGGCUAAAGCCUUUGGCAUAUCAGGGGAGGUGGCUGGCCCUUCAAAACCUGUGGUUAAACAAGGCCAGAAGCGAGCUCUUCGAGCAAAUUCCAAAACUGGGGUGUCAGAUGAGAACAAAGCUUCUGUAGUUUCCACCAUCGGCUUGCAGCAUAAAAGAAGGGCAGUGCUUAAAGAUGUUUCGAAUUCAAAUGUGGACUGGAUUGAUGCAUCUCAAGUUCAGGCUGCAAAGCAGGCCAGAAGAGGGCCCGGAAAGAAUGUGAAGGUAGCCUCGAAUUCAAGUGUUUCUGAAGAUUUUCCAAUUGCUCAAGAUGACAUAAAGACUAUGUUAGCUGAAGAAUUAUCCAAAAUAAGGGUGGCAGAGCCACAAGAGAAGUUAGAAGUGAAAGAAGAGCCAGUAACCCUGAGCAUGCGUCAUGCCUUGAGACAACAUGGAGGAGCAGAUGUAAUGCUUACAGUACAGCAUUCCAUUAAAUCUGCUGAACUUCAGAUGCCUCAAAAGAAAGAAGAAAAUGUGAUUGGCGAGAGAUUGGGAUCCUCAAACGACUUGCACAUUGUAGACAUUGAUGCAAACUUAAAAGAUCCUCUAGCAUGCAGCUUGUAUGCCCCUGAUAUAUACAGUAAUAUACAGCUUACAGAGAUAGAGCGAAGACCAUCAUCUAAUUAUAUGGAAAGCUUGCAGCAAGAUAUCUCUUCUAGCAUGCGAGGAGUAUUGAUUGAUUGGCUUGUGGAGGUUUCUGAAGAAUAUAAGCUGGUUCCUGAUACACUUUACCUGACAGUGAAUCUCAUCGAUCGGUUCCUCUCACAUAACUUGGUUCCAAAACAAAGGCUCCAGCUGCUUGGAGUCACUUGCAUGUUAAUUGCCUCGAAGUAUGAAGAAAUUGUUGCACCACGAGUAGAAGAAUUUUGUCUCAUCACAGACAAUACUUACUCAAGAGAAGAGGUAUUAGACAUGGAAAGUGAAGUACUAAAUUUCUUGCACUUCCAGUUAUCUGUUCCAACCACAAAAACAUUUCUUAGGAGGUUUGUUCAAGCGGCACAGGCUUCUUAUAAGGCUCCUUGUGUUGAACUAGAGUUCUUGGCAAAUUAUUUAGCAGAGUUAACUAUUGUUGAAUAUGGCUUCUUGAAGUUCCUACCUUCCGUCAUAGCUGCCUCUGCUGUGUUCCUUGCCAGAUGGACACUCAAUCAAUCAGACCAUCCAUGGACCCCAACUUUAGAACACUAUACCUCUUACAAAACAUCACAGCUCCAAACUUCAGUUAUUGCACUUGAAGAUUUGCAAUUGAACACCAAAGGCUGUUGCCUGAAUGCUAUACGCGAGAAGUAUAGACACCAGAAGGUAUGA